AAGCCGCACGUGAAGCGGCCCAUGAACGCCUUCAUGGUGUGGGCGCAGGCGGCUCGCCGCAAGCUGGCGGAUCAGUACCCGCACCUGCACAAUGCCGAACUCAGCAAGACGCUGGGCAAGCUGUGGCGCUUGCUGAGUGAGAGUGAGAAGCGCCCAUUUGUGGAGGAGGCAGAGCGGCUGCGGGUCCAGCACAAGAAGGACCACCCAGAUUACAAGUACCAGCCGCGCCGGAGGAAGAGUGUGAAGACUGGCCAGAGCGACUCAGACUCGGGCGCUGAGCUGGGCCACCACCCCAGCGGUGCUGUGUAUAAGACUGAUGCCGGCCUUGGUGACACGCACCACCACGGUGACCACACAGGGCAGACCCACGGGCCGCCCACCCCGCCCACAACCCCCAAGACGGACCUGCACCACGGGGGCAAGCAGGAGCUGAAGCUGGAAGGGCGCCGCCUGGCGGACAGCGGACGCCAGAACAUCGACUUCAGCAACGUGGACAUCUCUGAGCUGAGCAGUGAGGUCAUCGGAAACAUGGACACCUUUGACGUCCAUGAGUUUGACCAGUACCUGCCCCUCAAUGGCCACUCAGCCCUGCCCUCAGAGCCAGGCCAGCCUGCGGCCACUGGUUCCUAUGGAGGUACCUCCUAUUCGCACUCCGGGGCGGCUGGCGUCGGGGCGUCCCCCGUUUGGGCCCACAAGGGAGCCCCGUCGGCCUCGGCGUCACCCACUGAGGCGGGCCCCCCGAGACCGCACAUCAAGACGGAGCAGCUGAGCCCCAGCCACUACAGCGACCAGUCGCAUGGCUCUCCAGGGCGCACUGACUACGGCUCCUACAGUGCCCAGGCCAGCGUCACCACGGCCACGCCUGCUGCGGCUGCCAGCUCCUUUACCAGUUCGCAGUGCGACUACACUGACCUGCAGACCCCCAACUACUACAGCCCAUACCCCAGCUACCCGUCUAGCCUCUACCAGUACCCCUACUUCCACUCGCCCCGCCGGCCCUAUGCCUCACCCCUGCUGGGUGGCCUGUCCGUGCCACCUGCCCACAGCCCCCCCAGUAACUGGGACCAGCCCGUGUACACCACCCUGACCAGACCCUGAGGGCACACAGCCGCGUGGAGGGAUCAGCGUCUGGGGAGGACAACCUUUAUCUCGGCAAGGACAGAGCCUCCCUCUGAAGGCUUCCAGAAGGUGUGCGAGGCGAGGGGAGGAGAGGUGGUGCCUACGUGUGCCACGGCUCCAUCAAGUGCCUGCUGGAGUCUGCGGGAAGCCAUGCUUUGUAAACGACUCCCCUCCGCUUCCAGAUUUCCAAACUCUCAUCCACGGACAAAGCCCUCUUUCCCUUCUCUCUCUUUGUGGCAACUGCAACUCUGAAGGACAGCCGUUGGGUCCUUCUCUGAGCAGACCCAGCUUCUGGGUUUUGCAUCCCAGAGGAUGCAAACCGGCAGCCACAGCACAAAGGACAAAAGGAGUGAAGAGGCGUGAGGUCUCCAGGUUGCCCGAGUUCUGAGGUCCCAGCCAGCCUUGGCACUGAGAACUCCCCAGGACUAACAACCUGCAUUCCCGUGGCGAAUCGGCAGCCACAGCCCGGCGGGGAUACAGGGAUGCGCCCGCAGGAGCACCUCUUGGGACCAGCCUGUUAGACCUGAGGUGUUCCUUAUAGUUAGGGUUCUUCCGAGCAAGGUUUGGCUGUGAUUAACAUUUCUCUCUUUAUUUUAUUUUUUUAAUUUUUAUUUUUGAAGCUUAAAUGUGUUUGAUUUGUUUGGGAAGCCAUUAAAAUGUAUUUAUGUUCUGUAUUAUUUUAUCUUUAAUUAAUGAAGUUAUCUGUGCAGAGAGUAGAAUUUAAGACAAAACGGAAGCCAGAGGGCCUAGGGUGAGGGGGCUGGGGCCGGUGUGGGGCCAGUGAGGGUGGAGGCCCUGGCUCUGGGUGUUUUAGAGGCUGGCUGCUGGGAGAUGUCAGGGAGAGCCCUAGCUCCAGGCCCCCAGGAGGUGGCCAGGACCCCAAGGCAGAAGAAGGGAUUUGUCUUAUGGUGUCUCUGAUCAGGUUGGUGUGCCCUGGCACCCAGCAGUAAGUCAAGGCUUAGAAGGCAGGGCACCAUUGAAUUUCAUCCCUGCCCACAACCAACUGUGCCAAGUGGUGGAGGCGGGAAUUUCCUGGGACGUGGUGGCUUCAGAAACGCAUUAAUCUCGGCUCUUAGGAACCAGGCGCCACCUACAAGCUGUGAAACUAAAACCUUCUCCACUAAGCGAUUUUAGAGUCUUAGUUUUAGAAGAAUAAUACCUGAUUUACCUGUCCUGCUUCCGCUGUUUGCUGAGCAAUGAUAACUGCCUACUUUCUGGAAACUUGUGCCUUUAAAACUUUGUAAAUUUAAGUACAUCUCAGAAGUUGUUUCUUUUUACUUUUUCUACUUUUUCCUACCUUUUUCUAGAAAAAAAAUUUUUUUUUUGGUGUAUCUCUUCCUGGGGGUGGGGGCAGGGAACUGCAGCAAACUCAUUUUUAUGCAAUCUAUUUUUCAGUGUUGAGUUUGGACUUUCGCUGUCACUUACCUGCUGUGUUUCGCUACUUUCUGACCAAGCAACGCUAACUUUUGUACAGAUCAAUUUGAUAAAAUUAAAAAAUACAUUUUAUCUACAUGGG